GGGGCGCCCGGGGCGCCGCGCUGGAGAAGGAGGCCGGCGCUCCAACCGCCGGGCUGUUUCUUCGCCGCCAGCAUGUUGUCCCAACUGGGGCUCUUCUUCAUCUUGCUCUGCCCAGCCAACAUCAUCGGACUCUGGUGCUUCAAGCGCGCCUGGAAUGAAAAGCCGAGGGGCCAGCUUCAAAAGGGAGACACUUGCCGACUCCGAAGGGCUUCGGCUUCAACAUCAGCCUCCCUAGCACUACGGGCUGUCGAGCGUUAGGACAGCUGUGCGGUGGUGAGGACAGAGACCCUCUUAAGACUCUAAGAGCGCGCGCCUGCCCCGUGCGUGCACGCAUGUCGCCAAGCUAAACCCUCUCCACGUGCCCUAAAACCCCCGGCGAGGGGCUCCUGAAAGGACCUCUGAGGUGGUCUUUCAUCACCCCGGACGCCUCUCCCUUCUGUCGCUCAGCUUCCGGGAAAAGCCCUCCGGGUUCAGAAAAAAACGCCAUCUCCCACAGCUUGGCUCCCCUCUCUCCGCCCCGUCCCGGGGCCCGCGAGGACCUUAAGGGCAGUGGGCAGCCCAUUGGUCAUGGAUCCCAACAGCAUCUGUCGGAAGACCAAGCGGCUGGCAGGGAAACAGGCCGAGUUGUGCCAGACAGAACCUGAGAUUGUACAAGAAGUCGCCAAAGGAGCCAGACUGGGUGUGCGUGAGUGCCAGUACCAAUUCCGUUUUCGUCGUUGGAACUGCACCAGCCACAGCAAAUAUUUUGGGAAGAUCCUACAACAAGAUAUCCGGGAGACAGCCUUUGUCUAUGCCAUCACAGCAGCUGGUGUUAGCCAUGCUGUCACCCAGGCCUGCAGCAUGGGUGAUCUGCUGCAGUGUGGCUGCGAGGCAAUUCGGAGCAGGGCACCUCCUCUGCCACCUGCCAUCAUGGGAUCAGAGAGCUCUGCUUGGGAAUGGGGUGGCUGUGGGGAUGAUGUUGACUUUGGCUAUGAGAAAUCCCGGCAGUUCAUGGAUGCUAAGCGCAAGCGUGGCAAAAGUGACAUUCGAACUCUUAUUGACCUGCACAACAAUGAAGCAGGGAGAUUGGCAGUGAAGAACCACAUGCGGACAGAGUGCAAGUGUCAUGGCCUUUCAGGUUCCUGUGCCUUGCGCACCUGUUGGAAGAAGAUGCCUCCUUUUCGGGAAGUGGGUGACCGCCUGCUUGAACGUUUUAAUGGGGCUUUUAAAGUGAUGGGUGGCAACGAUGGCAAAACACUCAUCCCUGUGGGUUGGAACAUGAAACCCCCUGACCGGCAGGACCUCAUCUAUUCUGCUGACUCACCUGACUUCUGCAUUGCUAACCGCAAGACAGGUUCGUUGGGCACACGUGGGCGAGUGUGCAAUAGCACUGCCAUGGACAUGAGUGGCUGUGACCUGCUCUGCUGUGGACGGGGUCAUCGUGAGGAAACACUGCUCCUGGAAGAGAACUGCCUUUGCCGAUUUCAUUGGUGCUGUGUAGUUCAGUGCCGGAAGUGCACUGUGCGCAAAGAGCUCAGUUUAUGUAUUUGAGUGGGUAUAGGAAGAACAUUGAAUAAGGAUGACCCAAAGCAGAAGGAUAGGAAUGUACCCAGCCUGCCACAGAAUCCCAAGAAAGCAAGCAUCGCCAAGCUGUGUUUAGGGUAUGGGGGCAUCAAGGUAAUCUAGCUGGAAUCGGAAUAAUAUGCUAGAGAGACUGAGUCCAUUUUGAAUUCUCAGAGCAGGUUUUUUGUUGAUGGCUAAUAUUGAUCCUAGCACUUGACUACAACUUCCUUGUAGCAACUACUUGGCAUCUAGCACCAGGCUAUGGUUUCAGAAGGUCCUACUACUCCUUGCUACACUUGACAUGUACUGAAAAUGGGGAAUCCUGUCUUACCUGAUACUCUCAUGAUCAUUUCCAGCAGCUUGGUCCUAUCUAGGCCUCUCACUAUGGAUUAUGAACUGAUUCCCUAGAGCCUAGAGAGAGAUGCUGUGUUUCAUUUAUUAAUGGAUUUUUAUUGUGUUUAAGAGGACAGCAGAGAUUUCUUACCCAAUCACCCCACCCUUUAAACUCCCUUACUUCCCUUUGGGCUGCCAUUUUUUUUUUACAAUAAUAAAGUUAUUUAACUCAUUUU